AUUAUAUUAUUUUCAUUAGGUACUUGACUUUAGGAUCUGUACGCUAGUAUAGUCUAUUCGAGCUUCAUUUGGUAAACGCCCUGGAAAGAGAGAAGUUUAAACUUAAAAGAUGCGAAGAAAAGAAGAAAACUAUGGAGAUGGGAACAUAGAAAAGCUUGCCUCUCAAGAUCUCGUUGUUCUCCGUUUCAGUUUCCCAGAACUAUAAAUAAUCAAUGAAGCAGGUUAUUAUCAUAUUUUUCUUCUCUCUUAUCUGCUUCCAUAAUUCCUUGGCAGCUGAUGACACCAUAAAACCAAACCAAACUCUCCAAGACACCGGUCAAACUCUGGUCUCCACCGGGGAAAAAUUCGAAUUAGGCUUUUUCAGUCCACCUAAUUCCAAGAACCGCUACGUGGGAAUAUGGUUCAAGAAUGUUUCAGAUCUCACGGCCGUCUGGGUUGCCAACAGAGGCAACCCUCUCACAGACUCGUCUGGUGUCCUCAAAAUCACCGAAACCGGAAAUAUAAUAAUCCACAGCAACAAAACAGAGGACCCUAUAUGGUCCUCAAAUUCAUCAGCAAAAGACCCCACUUUGCAGCUCUUAAACACAGGAAACCUCGUGGUUAAAGAUGGCAGUAACGGAAACUAUACAUGGCAGAGUUUCGAUCAUCCCUGCGAUUCGCUCAUUGCGGGUAUGAAGCUGGGUAAAGACUUCAUUACUGGUCAAAGUUGGAAGCUAACCUCCUGGAACAGCCUCCAAGAUCCAUCCAUCGGAACCUACACAUACGAAUCAGACCCUCGUAGGCUUCCUCAGGUACUUCUGCUCAAAGGCCAAGAUAUUGCGUACAGAAAUGGGCCAUGGGAUGGUGUACAAACAGGCGGAGACAAUCCUCUCCAGGAAAAUGCGGUCUUUAAACCCAGCUAUGUUGUGAAUGAAACCCAUGUCUACUAUACCUUCGAAAACGCGGACAAUUCCACGGUCACCAGGUUCUGGUUGAAUCCAUCGGGAUCUCCUGGGCAGCUCCGGUGGAACCAAGAGAACGAAAAUUGGGUUAGCAUCUACACGAUGCAGAGAGAUCAUUGUGACACUUUUGCGCGUUGUGGUCCUAAUGGAAUCUGUGACAGCAGUGACAACCGUCUAGAUUGCCAUUGCCCAACUGGUUUUGUUCCAAAAGUACAGGAAGAGUGGGAUGCAAUGGAUUUUACCAGUGGAUGUGUGCUAAAGACACGCUUGAACUGUAGCGAAAGCGAGAGGUUCAAGAAGUUCUCUCGGAUGAAGUUGCCGUACAAUUCGGAAUUUACGGUGAACGGAUCGGUGGUGAGGAAGGAGGAUUGUGAGUUGAUUUGUAGGAGAAACUGCUCUUGUGUGGCUUAUGCUGUGGCUCGGCUUGCUGGCUGUGUAAUCUGGUCUGCGGACUUGCUUGAUAUGAGACAUUUCAGCGAUGGUGGACAAGAUUUGUACAUUAGAAUGGCUGCUUCUGAAUUUGUCACGGGAUCAAACAAGAGCAAAAAGAUUGUGGUGAUCAUAUCAGCAAUUUUGGGGUUUAUUCUAUUAUGUGUAGUAGGUGGAUGUCUCAUCUGUAAGAGGACAUCCUGCUGCCUUAUAAGCCAAGAGGGAACAAUGACUCCUACUCAUUUAGAGGAAGAUGUGGAGCUACCUUUAUUUGGCUUUGAUACUAUUGCAAAUGCUACCAACAACUUCGCCUUCACAAAUAAAAUUGGUCAGGGUGGUUUUGGUCUUGUUUACAAGGGUGUGCUAUCAUCUGGGCAAGAAAUAGCAGUGAAAAGGCUUUCUAAAGAUUCUGGACAAGGGCCUGUAGAGUUCAAGAAUGAGGUUACCUUGAUUUCAAAACUUCAACACCGGAAUCUUGUGAGGCUGUUGGGAUGUUGUACUCAUAGAGAAGAGAGGAUGUUGAUCUAUGAGUUCAUGCCUAAAAAGAGCUUGGACUUAUACAUAUUCAAUCAAACAAGGGACACAGCUCUUGAUUGGAAGAAGCGCUUUAAUAUUAUUGCGGGGAUUGCUCGUGGACUUCUUUAUCUUCAUCGAGAUUCAAGAUUGAGAAUUAUUCACCGAGAUCUUAAAGCCAAUAAUAUUCUUUUAGAUAGUGAGAUUAACCCCAAGAUAUCGGACUUUGGCUUGGCAAGAAUACUACUUGGAGGUGACCAAACUGAUAUAAAUACUAAGAGAGUAGUUGGCACAUAUGGAUAUAUGUCUCCAGAGUACAUGAUGGAUGGGCACUUUUCAGUGAAAUCUGACGUCUUUAGCUUCGGUGUCAUGGUGUUGGAGAUAGUGAGUGGGAAGAAGAAUAGAAGAUUUGAACAUCCUGAUCAUAACCUCAAUCUUUUAGGACACGCAUGGAAACUAUGGAUUGAGGACAGGCCCAUGGAGCUCAUAGAUGUUUUAAUGGAAAAUGUUCCUGUAGCCGAAGUGUUAAGAUGUAUCCAAAUUGGAUUAUUGUGUGUUCAAAAGCACCCUGAAGAAAGGCCCUUAAUGUCAUCUGUUCUCUUCAUGUUGGAUAGUGAUAAUGCUGUGCUGCCCCAACCUAAACUACCUGGAUUUUACACUGAAAGAACUUUUAUAGAGACAGCUAGCUCUUCUUCAUCAUCAUUGAAUAAGUCAAAUAAUGUUUCUACUGGUGUAACUGUCACAACAUUACAAGGGAGAUAGAAAUAAAAAGGAAAAAGAAAAAGAAGAAGAAGAAAAACAGAUGAUCAUGAUCAAAUUGAUGCAACGAGAAUGUUCCAUUGUUCUGCACUAAUUCUAGUAUUUUUUUUUUAAUUAGGAAUAUGUUCCAAUAUGUCUCAAGUCAUAUGGAUCUUCCAAUUAUAAUACUCAUUUAGAUGAAAUGAUCAAUGUAGUUAGUAUACGCGAUUACGCGUGGUAGGUAUCUUUUGAAGUAAUUACAUAAAAUAGCCACUAUGGA